GUCCAGAAUGCCCUUGCCUCAGCGCUGAGAGCCGGGGGAGAAGAGAGGAAGGAGAGUGAAGCUGGGAUAGAGACACCAGCAGGUGCUGAGGAUAGAAACAAACAAGGUGCCAAGAAAAAGCUAGGUUGUCAGGGAAAAGUGUGUUAAAAGAUAACUAAAAAGCAGAAAAUAGGCAGACAGAAACUCUACUACAAUCUUAGUUGUUCUUAAGCUGAAGCCCACUUAUUUUAUGCCACCCUCGCUGAGCUCUUUACAAUCUCUUUCUCGUACGGAUUCACCCUCCUCCUCUUCCUUUUCGUCCUGUCCUCCUCUUUGACAGACAGAGCCACCAUGGACACCGGCAGCCCCAGGAAGAUACAGUUCACCGUUCCCCUACUGGACACCCACCUGGACCCAGAGGCAGCUGAACAGAUAAGAAGACGCAGACCCACACCUGCAACUUUAGUAGCAUCCAGUGAUCAAUCAUCACCUGAAAUAGAUGAAGAUCGUCUCCCAAACCAGCUGUACAAGGCAGCGUUGUUAAAUUCUCCUCGGCAACGGCGAAAAGGGCAAAAGGGAACACCGACAAUGAAAGAGCUGCAGUUUAUGGUAGAGCACCACCUGUACAUGCAGCAGCAGGGAGCUGGGGAUGAGUGCUCCUCAGAGAGCUGCCUGUCGGACCGCCCCAGCCCCGACUCUGCUCCCACCGGGGAGGAGCUCCCACACGACGAUGAGGCCACUGCAGGGGCCUUUGAGAAACUGCGCUGCCAAAUGGAGGAGUUCUCAAGGGAGAGUUUAUUAGAAGCUGCUGAUGGACUCGAGUGCCCCCUCUCCAACGUAGCAGAUUGCUCAUCACAACAAAACAACGCACAAGCAGAAACAAAAGCAGCGGUAUCCAGUGUGAGUCAGCCGGCCGAGGAGAAAACAAAGAAAUGUAGCCUGAAGAAAGAGUAGAGCGGCCUUGUGUAUAACACAAAGCUGCUCAGGCGGCCCAAUACAAUGACAGAAUAUUGUGUCUGCAGAUCCAAAUUUUAGAAACAUCAGGGCAUCUAUGUUCCUCUACAGUCAGGUCUUAUUAUCCCAAGAACAAGAACAAAGGUUUUUACACUCAUUUUAAUCCUGUGUGAAUUAUUUAAUUAUAAUAUAUUUGAUGCCUAUAGCCUCCCCUGCACUAAUAAAGCUAGUUUACUGUGCCAGACUGUGAGUUACUAUCUAGUUAAUGGGAAAGCGAGAGUCUUUUCCUGUUUCAGUCACACAAUCAUUAUCAUAAACUACCACCAUUCAGAUGAAUAAUGUCCACUUUAAUGUUCCAAAGCAAUUUGUAUUCCUUUUAGUUUUUGUCAUUAAAUGUGCCAGUACCCUCUUACUGCAAUUGUUCCAUCUCAAAGCAAUACAAAUGUAUUUGUACCUCAUAGAUAACCGGGGCCAAAAUCAUCACUUUUAAAUUCAAAUGUCACCAUUUAGUUAGUUAGAUGCAGAAUCUUAAAUGGGUAGGACAAGUGAGCAGAUUUACAGUUUUUAUCAAAAAUAUAUCCAUGUUUGUUUACACUAAUGGCAUUGCAUGUUCUUUUUCUGCUGCAGCAUGUAGAGCUGCAGUGAUUAGUCAAUUCAUUGAUUGAGAGAAAAUGUAUGGUCAACUACUUUGGUAGUCCAUUAAUCCUUUUGAUUCAUGUUUUGAAGAAUAAAUGCCAUAAUCCUCUGAUUCAUGUCUUCUUCUAUGACAUAUAACAUAUUUGGACUGUUGGUCAAAACGUAGACAAAACAAUAUGUCAUCUUAAACUCUGGGAAACUCUGGGGGCCAUAUUUUACAAUUUUCUGACAUAUAUUAUAUCGAAAUUGGUUCAUCAAUUAAUUGAUUAUUCGAGUGAAUAAUCAGAAGAUUCAUUAUUGAAAUUGCUAGUUGUAGCCUGAACUGCAUUACAUAUCUGCUCUGUAAAUUGCUUGUUCUGUGUUCAACUUUGAGUAAAAAACAGAAACCAAAAGGGAAAACGUUAUUGGAUUCAUGAAGGCGCCCCCUAUCUUAGCAUUCAUUUGUGGGACUACUGUUCUGGUAUACAUAGAUGGGGACCUUGUUUCCGUAGAGCCAAUAUAAUCCCUUUAUUUUAAACCAUAUAUGCAUAAAGCAGUAAACCUCAUAAUGUUACGGCCAGACAUCUGCCUGCAACACAACACACUCUCCUGCUAAGGUCCCCUUUUUAUAACUUAUAAACAACAUGUCCUUCACCUUAGCUUGUUGAAUGAGAGUCCAAACAAGCUUCUUCUUUUCUAACGGGGGAAAAGUGCACUGCUAACCUCAAUUUGCAGGCGUGAUAGAGCAGCUUAUUAGCAGGUCAGCUGCAGCACAUAAACUGCAUGUUAACUUACCUGCAAAUGUACGGUAAGGUGCAGCUCGGGUCCUUAGGCCUCCUGCCUAAGGACCUGAGCUUGCACACUGCCUGCGUGACAUGCACGUGUCGAGCCAGACCGAAGACGAGUGCAUGCAAUAAAUAGCACCGCCGCCUAUUUUUCACGCGACCCACAACCGUGUUGGAAGCGGUUUCAGGAAAAAUAGAAUACGAAAAGAUGUUCAUGUGUCAUUUUGACACAAAUACAUUUAAUACAUGACAUUUUGAUGUUUUAAAGUCUCUAGAUUUUGACUUAAAAGCAGUUAUAAAUGUAAUUUAAAAAAACAAAAAUAAGUAAUUAUCGAUUUUCAAAUAUUGCACCUGUCAAUACAGAACAAAACAUUCUGUAGCCUAUUUGGCUGUCAAUACUGCCGACGUUGUCUUUGCUAUUAUCAAAUCAGUAUAUAGUUGAAGAUUAUUUCAUUUUAUCAAUGAGAAACAAACAUGUGUACAGACAAGGCUAGCAGCAGCAGUCAGACACGUUUCUGGUGUGCAAAGACUUAGAAAACUCCACACAACCGCGACGCAACUGACACGCAACACAAAUGCCAUGCACACGCCACGCAGGCAGUGUGCAGCCGGCCUUACUCUUCAACACCACUGCUAACAACACCUGACUGCCCUAGACAUGUGGCCACAUUUGUUUUGACUCUCCAGAGGUCAUCUGCUAGCUGCUGUCAAUCAGACACAACUACUAAGAGGAAAAGGAGUGUUUCUGAUAUUUCUCUUGAAGACCUUUUUCUUCCGUUUAAUCAAAAAAAAAAUGCUGACAACAAAUUAAAAAAAAUAAGUUGACAUUAUUCUUAAUUGUAAAAAGGGAUAUCUAAAAUGAUUAUAGAGGGUUGUGUCUCCAACUGCAUUUAAAUAUUUUGAUUUAACAAUGAAAAACCCAUCUCAAAUUGCAUCCUCGUAUUUGACACAUAAAUGCUUCUUGGGAAUCUACAUCCUGGACAUAACACACUUUCCUGCAUGGCGCUGAAUGUACAGUGACUUGUCUUUGCUGUGCUUCUCGUUGUACAGGAACUAAUUAAAACAGAGAAUCAAACACGCAAACUGUAAUUACAGGCCUUCUUUUUUCAUUGAGGUUUUGUAUGAAACAAGGACAUUAUAAAGCACUCUAACAUGUUAUUUAAUCUAUAAUUUGUAUCACUGAAGUGGCUUUAUUAUGUAGAUUAUGUGACAAUCCUUCAAUAACCUUCACAUAUCUUGACAUGCCUGAAAAAGACUGAAACACAAAACUAGAGCCACUCUUGUACUGAUCACAGCAAUGACCACAUGAACAAGAAAUACAGUGAAAACAUUCCUGUGCAAGCUUUGUCUCUUUCUUCUGCAGUGUAUUUAUGGACCAUGUAAUGUUUGUUCUGUUUUUGAAUGGUAAUAGUGUACUUUACAUGGACAAAAAAAGAGGAGUUUUGUUCCAAUUGUACUUGAAUUGAUGAUUACAUCUGUAAUCUAAAAUUUGUUUGAUACAAUAAAAUGUUUAAAUUGGU